CGAUUUCAGCAGCUAAAAAAAGCACUUUCCGUUAGGAUUUGACAGAAAUAAAGUUCACCAUUAUUUUAAGCACGUUUGAAACUACAAAUUGGGUUAAUAAAGGAGAGUACGAAAAUUUCGUUUCAGUGGCACUUUAUAAGACAAAGAUCAAAGUUCCUAUCCAGAUAUGCUUUUUUGCUAUUUUUGCUCCUCUUCAGCUUCACAGUAUGGAGGCAGUGAAUUACUCAUGUCAAACCCAGUGGGAUUUUAUUGAAAUACGUGAACACUAAUUUUCUCUCAGUGUGAAAUUGAAACAACAGUUAAAAAUUUUAUUGUAAGAUAUAAUAAUUGCAGUGUUGGUUCUCAAAGGCCUUAUGUCAAUAAGCCAUAUUAAGAUUAAUUUUCAGUCGGAUGUAUAAUAAUUAUUUAAGGUGCUCAACGUACAUUGUAGGGGGCCUACCUUUCCGCACCUCCAGCACAGAUCGCAUUUACGAGUUUGUCCGAUAGGAGUGUUUCAUUUUUAUCGAGAUAUACCAUUCAUUUUCAGACUGAUACAGCUAGCCUUAGCUAGGUUCAGGACCUGUUAAGAGAAUGAUUCAAACAAAACUUGAUACUCGAAGCCAAGCUGCAGUGGCUGCUACCACUUGCCUACUGGUGCUGUACAUAUGCAUGACCACAAUUGGAAACUCAUUCGUCUGUUUGGCUCUGUACCGUAACAGAAGGCUAUGGACUGUCACCAACCUCUACGUGUUGGCUUUAGCAAUAGGAGACAUCUUCAUAGCAACUGUCGUUUUCCCCUUCUCUGUUAUCGCUUCGGUUUUGCGAGAGUGGCCUUUUAAUCACAAUUUUGCCCAAUUUCACGGCUACAUCACAUAUGUCUGGGGUGGUGUGUCAAUCUACAUUCUGGUAUUAACAGCAAUUAAUCGAUAUUUUUGCGUUGUGAGACCUCAACGUUAUCACUUUCUCUUCACCAAAAAGAAAGCUGUUAUAUCCAUCGUCUUCGUCGUUAUUUUCACACUGGCCUCUGGUCUCCUAGCGACAUUUACUCUCCCAGUUAUCUACAUUUGGCACCCAAACAGUUUAUAUUGCUCGUCCAAUUCGACUACCAACCGGAACGAGAACAUUAUGUGUUUCUCAUUUCUGGGUUUUUAUGUGACCUUACCGAUGUCUUUUAUCAGUUAUUGUUACAACAAUGUGUUUAUAGCUGUCAGAAGGCAUAACAAUGCUGUUGUACCUUCGUUACAAAGCAAUCCGAGUAAUGCGUCGAAUCGUGCCGAAGAAAUCCGAACUUCCCGUGUUCUUUUCGCAGCAGUCGUCGGAUUUUCUAUUUGCUGGCUUCCCACGAAUAUCAUUGGCGUUUUGAAUAAGGGUCUUCAUCUACCGCUUCCUCCUUUUGCGUUUACUAUUUAUCCGAUGUUCGCUUUUGCCAGCUCAUGGAUUAACCCAAUAAUUUAUGGUGUCAUGAACAGAGCCAUGAGGAAGGAAGUUCUCAAGAUGCUGGGCUCUCGAAAGGAAACCGCAUGAUUAGUCCAGUUGCUGAAAUAAUGAAUUUACUUUCAUCAGCUCGUUGAUUCACCUUCAUUGGGUCGGUCUGUAAAUAGCAGUCACUGUGGAUCCAUCCAGCGGCCAUGAGGGACCGGAGAUCGCUUAUGUUGAUUAACAUGCUUCCUAAUGUUAUGCU